CUUAGAAUCAGAUUCUUCCAACGCCACCGUCCUUCUCUCGUACGAUCCCCUCUUCUCCGUUCAAAGCGAGUUUAACCUCCUUGAGUAUUUGCCAAGAUGGAUCUCCGCGAAACAAUCAGGAACCAAACCGACGUCGCUUUGACGCUCUCGAAACACCUGCUCUUGAAAGGAGCCGCCGAGGGCUCCAACCUUGUGUUCUCUCCGCUGUCGAUCCAGACGGUGUUGGGCCUGAUCGCGGCGGGGUCUAAGGGCUCUACCCUGGAUCAGCUUCUCUCAUUCCUUAAAUCUAAGUCCAAGGAUGAACUCGGCUCCUUCACAUCCGACCUCGUCUCACUGGUUUUCGCCGACGGUACCUCCAUUGGUGGGCCCCGAUUGUCCUUUGUAAACGGCGUGUGGAUUGACGGAUCGAUGACACUCAAACCUUCUUUCAAGCAGGUUGUUGACAAUAUCUAUAAGGCCGCUUCUCGUCAGGUUGACUUCCAAACUAAGGCUGUUGAAGUGACUCAAGAAGUAAAUUCAUGGGCUGACAAGGAGACAAAUGGCUUAAUCAAAGAGGUUCUUCCUUCUGGAUCAGUUGACAGUACAACGAGACUCAUCUUUGCAAAUGCCCUCUACUUUAAGGGUACUUGGAAUGACAAGUUUGACACAUCAGCUACUAAAGACUAUGAUUUUCAUCUUCUGAAUGGGAGCUCGGUUCAAGUUCCCUUCAUGACCAGCAAGAAAAAACAAUUUGUCAGAGCCUUUGAUGGUUUCAAAGUGCUGGGACUUCCAUAUCUUCAAGGUCAGGAUAAACGCCGUUUUUCCAUGUACAUCUUUCUUCCCGAUGCAAGAGAUGGGCUACCAGCUUUAGUAGAGAAAGUGGGUUCUGAGGCUGGAUUCUUAGAUAACCACCUCCCACAUCAACGUAAUGAAGUGGGUGAUUUCCGGAUCCCCAGGUAUAAGGUUUCUUUCGGGUUUGAAGCUUCUGACCUUCUCAAGGGAUUAGGACUAGUGUCCCCUUUUUCUGGUGAUGCUGAUCUGACAGAGAUGGUAGACUCUUCUGUGGGUCAGAACUUGUAUGUUUCAAGCAUAUAUCAUAAAUCAUUCAUUGAAGUUAAUGAAGAAGGGACUGAGGCUGCAGCAGCUACUGCAGCCGUCGUGGCUUUGAGGAGUAUGCGUUUCCCUAGCAAAAUAGAUUUUGUAGCUGACCACCCAUUCUUGUUCCUUAUCAGAGAAGACAUAACUGGAGUGGUGAUGUUUAUUGGGCAUUUGCUCAAUCCCCUAGUGUGAUUAGUAUAUAACUAUAUACAUCUUAGAGGAUCUUAUGACUUAUGUAAGUAAAUAACCACUGUACCUGGAGGAAUGUCCUAUGUAGGAUGCUUAUGUUAUGUGUGAGCUUUACUUCAACCUGUUUUCACCUUUAUCUAAGUGAAUGAUCUAUGGUGUAAGAUCAAGUAUAUCAAAGUAUGGUGAAUGAUCUAUGGUGCAUUAAUACUUUGUAAUAAUUGCCGUGGCCUUUCUGA